CGCAAGCGCUCUAUAGUGCCAUUAAAGUGAGUCAUCCUUCAGCAAAACUCAGAAAAAAUACCUACAAAGCAGAAGGCAGUGCUGUGACUCAUUUGUAGGGACGAAACAGGACUGAAGCGCGCCAGCACUGAGUUCAUUCCAGAAAGAGUACUGCAGCAGCAGCAGCGGCGCGUCCCCGGUGCGAGUGGACUCGUUCACGAGCGGAACAGGCGGCAGUCCGAUCUCAGCCUCCGGAUACCAGAAGUACAGAGUUGACAUGCCUGGCUCUAGCAGUGCCUUUAUUCCAACCAUUAAUGCCAUAACCACCAGCCAGGACCUGCAGUGGAUGGUCCAGCCCACAGUCAUCACCUCUAUGUCUAACCCAUACUCACGCUCUCACCCGUACGGCCUCUCAGUGCCCAGCGGUCCCAGCCUCCUUGGCCACACAGCCCUCACGCGCCCCGGGGUCAUCCGCUCCAUCGGCGAUGCCAGAGGACGACGUAAGAGGGAUGAACAGUUGACACCAGAGGAAGAGGAGAAAAGGAGAGUGAGGCGAGAAAGGAACAAGCUGGCUGCCGCUAAGUGCCGUAACCGUAGGCGGGAACUGACCGAAAUGCUGCAAGGGGAAACCGAGAAGUUGGAGGAGGAAAAGGCCGACUUGCAGAAAGAGAUCGAGACGCUCCAGAAGGAGAAAGACAAGUUGGAGUUUAUGCUUGUGGCCCACAACCCUGUGUGUAAACUUCCUCCAGAGGAGCGUCACCAGAGCUCCCUACCUGAGCAGUGCGCCCCUCUGCCACUAACCACCAUGCGCCCUAACCUAUCCCGGUCUUCACACAAUACCCACAAUCCUAUCGUGGUGAAGCAGGAGCCCAUGGAGGAUGAGGAGCGGGAGGAGCAGGUCAAGAGCCAGCACUCAGUCAUCAAGCCCAUCUGCCUGGGUGGUGGGAUGUACUGCUCGGACGGAGACAGCCUCAACACUCCUGUGGUUGCUGCUUCCACUCCGGUGUCCACUCCCAGCAACCCCAGCCUCAUCUUCACUUACCCCAACAUGCUGGAGCCUGAAAGCCCAUCGCCCUCCUCCGAGUCAUGCUCCAAAGCCCACCGGCGCAGCAGUAGCAGCGGAGAUCAAUCCUCAGACUCGCUCAACUCUCCCACCCUGCUGGCUCUCUGAGAAACACAGCUCAUCACUCGUUCAUUAGCCCUUUCAGCUCAGCACUCUUAACCAACAAGUCCCCUAUAUGGGACGGACCCAAAACCUCAUCUCUACAGAGCCGAGAACUCUCAAGGGCUACCUUGAUCGUUUUAUUUAAACAUCUCAAAAGGGAAAUGUCUUUGUUUUUAAGUGUUUGUGACUAUUUUUGCCCACACGCCAUUUCAGCUACAAAGAACAACUUGGACUGAAAACAUGAGAAUCAAAUGGUGAGAAGGACGACAGUCGAGACAUCCAGCCACAGAAUUCAAAACCAUUCUACAAUAGUCUGGGGAAAAAAAAAAGUAUUUCCUGUUUGUUCACAAAAGUUCUGGACGGUGAAAGGGAUUGAGGAGACGUGUGAGAAGUCACAUCCCUGUUCGGUACACAGUUUGGGAUCGGACACUACAGAAUCAAGCACAUGUCUUCAAAACCAGCGUGACAUUUACAUGAUUCGCCUUUUGUAUUUAUGACCUGUGUUUAUAUUGUCCAGUUGUAUAUUGUGUCCUGCUGAAUUCCUCAGUGUCUGACAGAAAAGAAACAAACAUGUAUUAUUAAAGGCUGACCUCUUCAACUCUUUAUCUCUACCUGGCAUGUUGCAAACCUUUACAUUAUUUUUUCUAUGUAUAUUAAAAAAAAAAACACACACACACACACACUUCGCUGAAGUUAAUGUCAGGGAUUUUUUUGUCUGUGUGAGCAAGCCACACAAGCAUUAAUGAAAGCAAUCAAGUCAGAACACAGGAGUGUGUACCUGAGGACAAACUCUAGCCAUAUUAGGUUCAGCCUCAAACCCUUUACACGGCAAUACUGCUUUUUAUUGGGGCAGACACUGUGGUAUUAAAAUGGAAACGACUAUGUAUUACUUUUAUAGUGUACUUUUAUGGCUUGAUCAAUAAAUGUCUUUUUGUGCAGAGUUUCAGCUGAGACAUAACCAAGCCAAAUGGGCACUUGUCCCUCCAACACUUGUUGGGCCUUGAUUGCCAGACACAGGACCAGAUGCACUAUUGUUACUGCACUCUGAUUUAAAAGAAAAUGGCAUUCCUCUUACAGUCAACCUUAAAAGGACAGUGACGGAUGCCUGUGUGGAUUGGAACAAUGAUAUCCCAAAAACACGUCUAAUUUCUGGUUGUGAAGAACGAAUAUCAAUUGCAAUAUUUUUGAGUAAACUGUUUACUUUAAACAUUCCUUUGGAAAAGCAGAUGGGCCAGGAUGUGGAGACCUCUGCUGAUUUGUCGUGAGACUGAAGAGAACAAAGUGGAAUAAUGCUGACUUGAAGAUUUGAAGGAUUAUUCUUUGUCAUUUAUUUAUGUUGGGGAUUUUCAAGUCUGCUAAGGAUCUGUUCAGAAUUAUAGUGUUUUGAAGCAAGGGAGCGAGUUUAACAAGGGGGAAAUCAAUACAAUACCAAAAAAAAAAGAAAGUGUGUAAAGACUGUGAGUUUUAUCCAGUCUGCCUGUGAGUCCUUGAACUAUAUAGAUCAAGCCAUCUUUAAGCCCUCUGUACAUGUCCUGCUUUCCGACCAAUAGUUUCUCUUUUGUAAUUGCUUUAACUGUUUUAAAGACAGAAAACAACGACAAAAACAGCAAUAUGUAUGUCAGUGUUUGUUCCUUUGGUUAUUUAAAUGGAUUAUUAUUAUAAAUAAUAAUAAAACAUGCAAAUGGUAUUCUC